AACAGCUGAAGCUGCACACGCACGUAUCUUUUGUUGGCAGCGACGAAGCUACAUCUGCUGAACGGCGAGAAGCAGGUCACGCGGAUGGGUGGUAAAUGGAUUACGCGGUACGCCAACAUAAAUAAGUUAUAUGAAGAUGUGGAUCUUUCAGAAAUGGCAAAGGAACACAAGAGCAAGACUGGCAGGGAGCCGGUAAUUGUGGUGGACGGAAAUGGACUUGUGUGGUACUUGUAUCGAAACUGUGACUUCCAUUGUGGUGGGCAGUACAAGGAAUUCAGGGAGGCUUGCAGGAACCUAAUGCAGAAAUUCAAGAACUCCGGCGUCCGGCUCGUAUUCUUCCUCGAUGGGCUAGCAUCUGCUGAGAAGAAUGGGAAAUUGGUGGAGGGGUCUAGAGAAGGAGUGAAACAGAGUAAUAAGACAUUAGGAAAACAGCAUGCUAGUAAUUCCACAGCGACAGUACCUAAACAACUACCCGAAGGGCUAAUACCGUGUGCCCGGGUGGUUAUCAAGUGUGAACCAUCAAGUGAGGUGCGCCUCUGUGUGGAAGAUUAUCAUCAGGAGAUCGCUCAGUUUGCAGCAAGCCACAGAAAUUGCUUUGGAAUAUUGUCCAACACCGGAAAUUUCCUGAUAUACAAAGAUGUACCAAGCAUGUUCUUAUUACACAGUAAAGACAAACAGGGAGACAGAGAGGUGAGGACGAUGCGUUACUGUUCUUCUGAAAUCGCCUCACAUCUUGGCAUCCAGCAACACCAGCUGUCUGCAGUUCAGACAUUCUUAGCCAGUGAUACCAUCAACAGGGACGAGAUGCGGAACGCACAUCGAAGAAUUGGUGAACUCUAUGGGUGAAAAGAACUUCUAGAAAGUG